AGCAGCUCAGUGUCUGUCAGCCAGUGGCUCAUAAUCAACACAAACCGGUGGAAAAGUGUGGGAAUUUGAGCGUGAGAAUGUCGACGCAAAAGCAACUAUUUACAGCGCUUAUUAGCUUACUAGCUAUGCAGUUAAUUGUAGCGAAACCCCUAUGGACUUUCGAUACUUUAUUUGUUUCGGAGGAAGAAGGUUUGGUCCGGAAUAUCGACUAUUCUAAAUUGCAAAGCUCAUCUGAAGAGCUACUCUCAGUGGAAGAAGAAAAAAUCCCGACGUCAAAGAAAUCGAAUGGUAUCACAUGUGUUAUUGGCGCGUCUUUACCACCCAGAGCUAUAGAAAAUUCUUAUGAAGUAUUUGCUAAAAUACUGGUACGCGAUUCAAAAGAAGCUACUAAACAGAAAAUGAGAGAAGUGAAAGCGUCGGUUACGAAUAAAGAAAUAAGUUUCGGACACUUUUACAUUAUGCUGAAAACCUUUAAUGAGGUCAUUGUGAGACGGGAAGGCGAAACAAUGCAUAAAGCGCUUAAAGUAAUUGUACACCAAGCAUAUGAGGACAAUGAAAAUUUAUUUGAAGAUGGAGUUUGGUUCGAAAAAAUAAUCAAUGACAUAUUGUGUUUGGUGUUAAAUGCGCAAGCUGAGAAAAAUGUGGUCGAUACCGUGGUUGAGAAGUACUCAAUGCUGGAAGUGAUUAGCACGCAUUUUGAUUUAUUUAAAAAAUUUUGGCUAGAUUAUCGUGCAGCUAAGAGAGCCAAGCUAGAGCAAGAUCGUAUGAAUAAAGAGACUAUUUGUGUGAUUGACGUACAGAAUGUACCAAAAAAUGCAAGCGAAAUUACAUUUAGAGUAUUUUCUGAAAUACUCAUACGCGAUUCCCAGGAAAUUAUUGAAAAUAGAUUGCAGGAAUUAAAACCAUAUAAUGAUGAAAAAGCCGCUUUGAACAGUAUCUUGGAAAAGAUACAAAUUUUGAAGAAUGCAAAUGUAAAACGACGAGGCGAAGAAAUGUUUGAAACACUACGGGAAAUAGAUUCAAACAACGAUGACGACUAUUCACCAUGGUUAAGAAGAGUGAUAGAUCGAAUUUUUUGUCAAGCUCUAAAAUUGCACACAACUAGUGAUGUUAAUAAUUUAAUUGCGAACUCCACAAUAAAAACAGUCAUUAAAGAACAUUUUAAAAUAUUUAAACAAUUUUGGUUGGAAUAUCCAAUUGCAAAGACAACUAAAUUGCCAAAUAUAUAACUCUGUUACAAGCACAAUAUAUUAGCAUACUAUGAUAAAUAUAUUAUUAAAUAUAUUUACGCAUAUACUAAAACAGUAUUAACUUAAAAAAUGUCAACAUAUACUUCAAGUGCCAUAAUUUGUAUUAUAGAUACUAAAAAUUUUAGCUUCUCUUUUAAUGAAGUUUUAUGCAAGAAUAAAUUUACAGACAAUAUAUAUAUAUAUAAUAUGUUGCCUUUUUACUUACAUCAAGGUUGUAUUGUAACGAUUAAUUUGGCAUUAAACAAAUAAUUUCAAUCAAUUCGGUUGAAAAGUUUGGAAAUGUUAUCGUUAAAGCAGUAAUGAAAAUAAAUGUCAUUAUGUUGUGUUAAAUUAGUGUUAAAUCGUUAGCAGAUAAUGUUAAAUCGUUAACAGAUAAUGUUA